UGGAAAAAAAAAAACUGAGAAACUGGUACCGGAUGACACUGUAAAGACUUUGAUGGAGGGCAUCAAGCGAAAAUGCGUUCAAUUUUACACUCAAGGCUCCAUCGAUUAACUUUUCUUUUGAUUUUUGAAGUAAAUAUAUGUAUAAAACUAUCCUAAAAUUUUGGUAUGAUUCUAAACAUUAUAAGAAAAUUGGCAUGACAUUUUGGGUGUCGCAAUAAUUUCGUGUUCGCCCUUUAGUUGACCUGUAGAUAAGCGCAAUCGACCUCAUAUUUGGCUAAUCAAGUAUCUAAUCAAGUGGCGCAGAAACCAUUGAUAUAUGUUGAUACAAGGAAAGCCUACUGAAGCAAUACGAGACUCAGUUCAACUUGUACGUUACAAUCGGAAGGCACUCUUUCAAACCUCGAAGCCAUGCUGAAAGUGGUCUUAGUAGUUUUGAGUGUAGCAGCGGUGGCAGCUGGAAAUGUGAUUCAAUGUACGGAGGAAUUCGUAGCCCAGCAUGGAUCCUUGCUUCCUUUUCCGGGAUCUUGUCAGAAAUUCCUAGUUUGCGCUUCCGGUUGGCUAGAAGAACGCAACUGUCCAAGCGGAAUGCUCUUCGACGUGGACUCAAAUCGAUGCACCAGUGAAGCCAAUGCAAAGUGUUCCUCGGAGAAGUGGUCCAAAACAAAUGGACUUUGUAACGCUGAGGACGAAGUAUCCACUUAUCCAGAUCCUUAUCACUGUGCAAGAUAUGUACUGUGCCUAGGGCUGACUGCCAUCCCAAGGCAAUGUUCUACUGGAUUGCUGUUCAACUCGCAAACUGGUAAAUGUGAUUUUCCGCCGAAUGUAAUCUGCGAUGUCAGUUGUCCGAUUGAGGGCAACGACUUGGUAUUCCUACCGGAAUCUAGCGGGCAGAGUUGUGCCAGGUAUUUCAUUUGCUUAAAUGGUAAUCCCCAUCCAGCUGAGUGUUCAAGUAUGUUGUACUUUGAUCUGGUGACCGGUACCUGUAUGCGUCCGGCCGAUGCUUCCUGCUCGAUAAAAGGUGUCUACUGUUCGGAGCAUGACGAAAAAAUUGCUGAUCCUAGAAGCUGUUACAGUUAUUAUCAAUGCGAAGGAGGGUUCCCCCACUAUCAGGAAUGUGAAGUGGGGCACCACUUCAUGAACGGGCAGUGUGUCCCGGGAGAUUGCGAUGAUGGGAUCACAGAGGACACAGGUGCCACUACUGAGGUUGAUCCCAGUACAACCGAAAUGUCUACUAGUUCAAGUACUGUAAUAGAUUCAACAACACCAACCGUAACUGAAACCGAACAAUCAACGACUGACUCGACUUCAGUUCCACCGACUGAAUCAUCAACUGUUACUGACACAACGGUUGACACCAGUAGCACGGAAGAACCAUCUACGGCUACUCCGACGGAGCAGUCUAGUACCACUGAAUCCACGUCUCCUUCAAGUUCAACCGAAUUAACCACUGCAACUCAGACGGAGCAAACAACAACUUCAGUUCCACCAACUGAAUCAUCAACUGCUACUGACACAACGGAUGACACCACUAACACGGAAGAUCCCUCUACGGCUACUCCGACGGAGCAGUCUAGUACCACUGAAUCCACGUCUCCUUCAAGUUCAACUGAUUUAACCACUGCAACUCAGACGGACCAAACAACAACUUCAGUUCCACCAACUGAAUCAUCAACUGUUACUGACACAACGGUUGACACCACUAACACGGAAGAUCCCUCUACGGCUACUCCGACGGAGCAGCCCAGUACCACUGAAUCCACGUCUCCUUCAAGUUCAACCGAAUUAACCACUGCAACUCAGACGGAGCAAACAACAACUUCAGUUCCAUCGACUGAAUCAUCAACUCUUACUGACACAACGGUUGACACCACUAACACGGGAGAACCCUCUACGGCCACUCCGACGGAGCAGCCCAGUACCACUGAAUCCACUACAACUCAGACUGAACAAACAACAGCUGUAACUUCAAACCCCACGACCGAUUCAUCAACGGAUGCUCAGUCAACCACGUCUGCGUCAACUUCAGUCAGUACAACCGACGCAAUCACAACGUCCACGUUGACUCCUACCACAACAAUCGAUCCGGCCGACAUCUGCCGGGACGUGGACAUUGGGGUGGUUCCACAUCCGUACAACUGCUACCAAUACUUUGUGUGCAUUUUCGGCUCCGGUAGGGAAGCCACCUGCAGCGAUGGUCACAUUUUCGAUUCCCAGGUGUCGGUUUGCGUGCCCGGCGAUAGGGAUGCAUGUACCCGCAAUCCACUUCUUGCUGCGAUAACAGAAAAUGUGUAGAGUAGAAUGGAAUGAAAUAUUGCCGGAUCCCUAUCAGUGACCUUGGGGAAUGCGAAAUACCGUUUGUUAUCUUAUAAACAAUAGUUAAGGAAAAUAAAUGAUCUUGUUAUUUACAGCUUUAAUACUCCGCGUCUAAGUACUUUCCCUUCUUUGAAACAUGAGCAGUUCUUGCGAGGUUUGCUGGUUUCGUGAAUUUUGGCAAUAUGAAUAAAAUAUGCCAGCACUUUAUUUUCCCUUCCUUCAAGCGAUGCUCGUUCUUUUCUCACACCAAUCUCUGUGACUUGAAUGUUUUUUUUUUUUUCAAUAUUGCUAAAAAUAUACAUUCACUGUAUUUUCCGAAAAAUGUCGAAAAGGCCAUUUUAGCACAAAUGUGAAUAAUUGCCCAUAGCAAACAA